AUGGAGCCUUAUUCAGAUAUACACUCCGUGGACGUAGAUAUAGUGUCGAUUUCUUUGUCUACACUAUAUCUAUCUAUCUAUCUAUCUAUCUAUCUAUCUAUCUAUCUAUCUAUCUAUCUAUCACAUUCUGUUCGUUAUCUAUCUAUCUAUCUAUCUAUCUAUCUAUCUAUCUAUCUAUCUAUAGAGCUUGUUGUGAAGAACAAAGCAAAAGUUAAUAUGUACACAUUUGUGUAUUUUUCCUUUCUGGUAUAUUUACUGAAUGUGAUAUUCUCACCUUGCUCGGUGUUUAAAUCUAUCUAUCUAUCUAUCUAUCUAUCUAUCUAUCUAUGUGUUGUGCUCUUCUUCCUUAAUAUCUUCUUUGUUCACAUCUAUCUAUCUAUCUAUCUAUCUAUCUAUCUAUCUAUCUAUCUAUCUAUGUCAGUUUGUUCAUUAUCUAUCUAUCUAUCUAUCUAUCUAUCUAUCUAUCUAUGUCAGUUUGUUCAUUAUCUAUCUAUCUAUCUAUCUAUGUCAGUUUGUUCAUUAUCUAUCUAUCUAUCUAUCUAUCUAUCUAUCUAUCUAUCUAUCUAUCUAUCUAUGUCAGUUUGUUCAUUAUCUAUCUCUAUCUAUCUAUCUAUCUAUCUAUCUAUCUAUCUAUGUCAGUUUGUUCAUUAUCUAUCUAUCUAUCUAUGUCAGUUUGUUCAUUAUCUAUCUAUGUCAGUUUGUUCAUUAUCUAUCUAUCUAUCUAUCUAUCUAUCUAUCUAUCUAUGUCAGUUUGUUCAUUAUCUAUCUAUCUAUCUAUCUAUCUAUCUAUCUAUCUAUGUCAGUUUGUUCAUUAUCUAUCUAUCUAUCUAUCUAUCUAUCUCAUUUGUUCAUUUUGUUCUAUCUAUCUAUCUAUCUAUCUAUCUAUCUAUCUAUCUAUCUAUCUAUCUAUGUCAGUUUGUUCAUUAUCUAUCUAUCUAUGUCAGUUUGUUCAUUAUCUAUCUAUCUAUCUAUGUCAGUUUGUUCAUUAUCUAUCUAUCUAUGUCAGUUUGUUCAUUAUCUAUCUAUCUAUCUAUCUAUCUAUCUAUCUAUCUAUCUAUCUAUCUAUGUCAGUUUGUUCAUUAUCUAUCUAUCUAUCUAUCUAUCUAUCUAUCUAUCUAUGUCAGUUUGUUCAUUAUCUAUCUAUCUAUCUAUCUAUUUGUUCUUAUCUAUCUAUCUAUCUAUCUAUCUAUCUAUCUAUCUAUCUAUGUCAGUUUGUUCAUUAUCUAUCUAUCUAUCUAUCUAUCUAUCUAUCUAUCUAUCUAUCUAUGUCAGUUUGUUUAUUAUCUAUCUAUCUAUCUAUCUAUCUAUCUAUCUAUCUAUCUAUCUAUCUAUCUAUCUAUCUAUCUAUCUAUCUAUCUAUCUAUCAACGUAACUUUCUAUUUCAGUCUUCUCGUAUUACUCUCAAUCUAUCUAUCUAUCUAUCUAUCUAUCUAUCUAUCUAUCUAUCUAUCUGUAUACGUCUGUACAUUAUCUAUCUAUCUAAUUGAUAUUUAUGAAAAUGAUCUUUGUUCAGCAGAGAACCAUAUUUGGAAAUCGGGCUGGGUAGACAUGCGUACCAAAUUAUCUAUUCCUAUCUAUCUAUCUAUCUCAGUUUUUCAUUAUCUAUCUAUCUAUCUAUCUAUCUAUCUAUCUAUCUAUCUACUCUUUUCAUAUCUAUUUCAGUCUCCCUCCCGUUCUCACUGUAUAUUCCUUUCCUUUUCAUAUCUAUCUAUCUAUCUAUCUAUCUAUCUAUCUAUCUAUCUAUCUAUCUAUUCUUUUCAUAUCUAUUUCAGUCUCCCUCCCCUUCUCACUGUAUAUUCCUUUCCCUUUCAUAUAUCUAUCUAUCUAUCUAUCUAUCUAUCUAUCUAUCUAUCUAUCUAUCUAUCUAUCUACUCUUUUCAUAUCCAUUCCAGUCUCCCUCCCUUUCUUAUUGUAUAUUCCUUUCCUUUUCAUAUCUAUCUAUCUAUCUAUCUAUCUAUCUAUCUAUCUAUCUAUCUCUACUCCUUUUCAUAUCCAUUCCAGUCUCCCUCCUUUUCUUAUUGUAUACUCCUUUCCUUUUCAUAUCUAUCUAUCUAUCUAUCUAUCUAUCUAUCUAUCUAUCUAUCUAUCUAUCUAUCUAUCUAUCUAUCCAUGCCUGUCUAUUCAUCUUAUCGUUUUUAA